AUGACCGAAUCUGAACCGGUGAACACGGAGGAGGCUCUAAGCGAUCCAAAAUGGAUUUGUACAAUGAAAGAAGAACUGGAAUCCAUUGAAAAUAAUAGUACUUGGGAGUUAGUUGAUCCACCGCUUGGAAAGAAUCAAAUUGGUGGGCGUUGGGUCUAUAAAGUAAAGGCAAAUCCCAAAGACAAGAUAAUAAAGUAUAAGGCUCAAUUGAUAGCGAAGGAAUUUUUGCAACGUGAAGGUAUAGAGUUUGUGGAAGUGUUUGCACCUGUGGCUAGGCUUGAGACCAUCCAAAUAGUUGUUGGUAUUGCUAACAACAAAGAUUGGGGCAUUUAUCAAAUGGACAUCAAAUCUGAGUUUUUGAUUAGUCUGCUAAAUGAAGAGGUUUAUGUAUAG